AUGGUUCUUUGCAGGACGAACCUCCGCACCCAGAAGCGCCUCGCGGCGUCCGUUGUCGGCUGCGGCAAACGCAAGAUCUGGCUUGAUCCCAACGAAGUCAACGAAAUUUCCAAUGCCAAUUCGCGACAGACAAUCCGGAAAUUGGUCAGUGAUGGACUCAUCAUCCGCAAGCCGGUGGCGAUGCAUUCGAGGGCUCGUGCGAGGGAGUUGAAUGCGGCGAGAAGAAUUGGCAGACACCGAGGGUUUGGUAAGAGAAAGGGUACGAAGGAUGCUCGAAUGCCUAGCCAGGUUCUAUGGAUGAGACGCUUGCGUGUCCUUCGCCGUCUGCUCGUCAAGUACCGUGCUGCGGGCAAAAUCGACAAGCACCUCUACCACGAACUCUACCAAUUGAGCAAGGGUAACACCUUCAAGCACAAGCGUGCUUUGGUUGAGCAUAUCCACAAGGCGAAGGCCGAGAAACAACGUGAGAGAAUCCUCAAGGAGGAAAUGGAUGCCAAACGUGCCAAGACGAAGGCCGCUCGUGAACGGAGACAGGAACGUAUUCAGACCAAGAGAAAUGCACUUGCUGGCGAAGCCGAGGAGGAUGCCAAGCAGCAAGAGCAAGAAUAG